CAGCAGCCCUCGCGUUCGCUAGGAUGAGCGAUUCAGCAUAUACAGUACAAACCACAUCCCGUCUCGCCCAAUGGAGGAUCGAAAAUCUAGCUUCCUGCACAUACAGAAAAUCAGAUCCUUUCAAAAUCGGCAACUGGAAUUGGCAUUUAUCAGUGGAAAAAAACAGACUUUUAUAUGUUAAAUUAUACCCAGAGAUAUCAAGCAUAACAAGAGAUAAUCCUCCGAUUGUAUCUUUCACCAUCCGAGUGGUCUGCUCUGCAGGAGAUAGGAAGGCCUUGACUCAUCCAGAAAUAAUAGACAAACAGCUUAAAAACAACGACGACUUUAUUUGGCCAAUUGAGGUUCCAUUAACAGGAAAGUUCAUCAUCGACGUCGAGUUCCUUGACUUGAAGAUUGCAUCACCCGAGGGUGGGGAACCUUCCUCCAUCUGGGCUAAUGGAUCGACUCAAAAACGAUCGAAUUCAAGAGCUCUUAUUGCAUUGGGUCGAAUGUUGAAGGAAAGCGUCCACACAGAUAUCAUGAUUAAUGCUUCUGAUGGGAGCGUCGGAGCCCAUCGUGCUAUUCUUGCUUCAAGAUCACCUGUUUUUCACAGCAUGUUUUCACAUGACCUGAGAGAAAAGGAGUUAUCUACCAUAAACAUCUCUGAUAUGUCUUUCGAAGCUUGCCAGGCUUUUCUUAAUUAUAUGUAUGGGAAUAUCCAACAUGAAGAGUUUCUCGCCCAUAGACUGGCACUUCUUAGUGCAGCUGAUAAAUAUGACAUAGCUGACCUAAAAGAGGCCUGCCAUGAUAGUCUUAUAGAGGAUAUCGAUGCCAAAAAUGUUCUUGAAAGACUCCAAAACGCAUCUCUGUAUCAAUUGCCAAAACUGAAGACCAGGUGCAUGCAGUAUCUUGUGAAGUUCGGUAAGAUACUCGACAUCCGAGAUGAAUUCGAUGUCUUUCUGCAGAAUGCAGACAGGGAUCUAAUAGCUGAUAUCUUCCAUGAAGUUCUUAAUGCUUGGAAAGGUUUCUAAGUUGAUGUUGGUGUGUUUACGGUGUACACAUAAGAAGAUUGUUUACAAGGAUUUUAGUGCCAGCCAGAAUUUAUUACCUUGAAGGUGAUUCUUUCUCCAAAGAAUUUGUUUGUCCUGAAAUUAGUCAAGUUUGUCAUGACAGAUGAAGGUGUUAUGAAUACAAAUACAAUUGAAUGAAAUGUAAAUAAUUUGAUGUUCUGGGUUAA